AAUCACAUCCAUCUCUGACCCCGUGCCUCAAUAUGAUCUCUUACAAAUCAUGCCCCCCAAAUCACCUGCACACCUGCACUCAAUUCUCGCAUCAAUCACUUCUCCCAUACGAUAUCUAUCUACUUACUAACCACACACCUCAUCCCAUCCGCCCAUACCAACUAUCCACACCCCCCCUCAAAUCUCUAACAUCCAAAUAUAGCAGCACCGCACCACCCGUUAGUUAACAAUCUCUAAUCUCGCACCGCAUCUCGCGCAUAACAAACAUGCACCCACUAAUAGGUAAAACUCACCAUCUCUCAUUCCUCUCUAGGCUCUAGCUCGCCCUAGAAGCAUCAUUCAUUCCAUUCCAUUUCAGCAUUCUCCCAAAGUCAUGACCGCAUACUGUACCUACCACCCACAUAUCCAGUAGCCAUCUAUCCAUCACAUCCAUAAUAUAAUCUGCAUUGAAAAUCCAUUUUAUUUCUCCCCCUCCAAUUCAACGACUUCCAAAACCUUCCCUGCCCUGUCGAUUCCUUCUGUGUGAAUAGUUUGUACGAGAGGAUUUCAUUUGUUGAAAACAUUAUGUCGCAAUCGCCCGCCACCCGCCACUACCUCCGCGCCCUCUCCCGCUGGCCCAAAGAUGCCCUCCGUCCCGAGGCCCAAUUCCAAGACGCCAUCCGUCGCCGCCUCGAGCGCAUAUCUGCCGCUGGAAACUUCAACGAAAAGAAAGAGCUCGGUCAGGUAAACGCACUGUAUAGUUUGGUGGAGAAUCGGUAUUUGGGAAAGUACCCCCUCACAAGCAAAACCCUCAAACCCGCCAGCAACCCAACAUACUACGACGAUCUAGUGAAAGAGCUCGAAGAGGCCCCUAACAGGAGUUGGUUCCAACAGCAGGUGAACAGAUGGAAGGGAGCUUUGCGAUUCCAAUGAGAGGUUUACCUUGCAUUGCAUUACAUUACACGUGUGAUAAUGAUGAAAGGGAGAAUGAAAGAAAGAAACAAAAAGGGAAAUUGGGAUGUAUUUAUAAAUAGGUAGGGAAUGGAAUGGAAUGAAUGGAAUGGAUUAUGGUAAAUACUAUCGUAGGCGUUGAGUAAGUUUGAUUGAUUCAUGAGUUUGAUGAGUAAAAGAUGUCUAGAAAUGAAAGGAUGAAGAGAAGAUUGCAUAAGUGCGUGCGUGUAUCACUCGGUAAAUAGAGGGGUUGUAGAUACAUUGGGGAAUCAUAAUACAUUCAUUGAAGGAUACUUACUCACUCGAGCCUU